CAAUAUUAAUUAACGACAUAAACAAAGGUAGCUUUUUUUUCCCCUCUCCCAAAAAAUCUUGAAGAAGACCUGCUUAAGGAAUAUGCGCCAUUGUGAAUGAACUCUCAACUGGUGAAGAGCGUUAGGCUUAAUAAUUUGUUAUUUUUCCAUCGCUUGACCAAAAAGGUCAUUUCAAGAUGGAAAACGCAUACGGAAUUGGUGUAAAAAAUCGAUAUGAACUGUUUUAUGAUGAAGAUGUUGAUCCUCUUGAGAUAAUUCGGCAGCAAGAAGCCGAAAAAGAAAAACGCAAAACAGAUAAGACGCACAGCAAAGACAAGACCAAAAUCACGAAAUCGGGAAAACCUGUAGCGGCAGGAGUACCGAAAAAAUCGAAAGAAAAUGCUGUAGUCAUUACUGCUAAACCCGCAGAAAAUACAGAAACUCCUAAUAAGACAAGAGCAAGGCCUUUCAAUGACAGAACUGUGAAAAAUACCCGAAAUUUUGAAGAACCAAAAGAUAUUGAAGAAAGAAAAAAUCUACGCAAUCGGGAAGAACAUCAACCAGCAAAUUUUGAAUCAAGGGAUGGAGAAAGGAGAGGACGUGGAGGAUUUCGAGGGCGUGGGCGGCCACGCGGAAGAGGCGGUUUUUUUAACAACUUUGAAUCACGGCCUCCUCGUCGUGAAUUUGAUCGCCACAGUGGAAGUGAGAAAAGCUCUGUUCGGCCUGUUGAGAAGAGAGAGGGAGGAGGUUCAAAUAACUGGGGAGAUGUUAAAAAUGACUUCAGCAAUCGCAAACGAGAAUCUGAUACUUGGAUGGAUGAUGAACUUGACACUCCUGCUGAAAAAAUGAAUGAUACAUGGACUGAUACUUUAACUCUUAAUGACUUGCCUAAUACUGGUAAAGAAGAACGAACUCCAGAAAAAAAUACAGAGGACACAAUAACUGAGAAUAUGGAAUCAAAAGAAAAUGAGCCUGGAUCAGAAGAACAUGCUAUUGAUGAAAGUGUACGUGAAAUGACUCUUGAUGAGUGGAAACGGGAGCAAGAGGCAAAGCGAGCUGUUCCAAAAUACAAUUUGCGUAAACCUGGCGAAGGUGAAGAUGGAAAUCAAUGGAAGAAACUUUUUAUGUUGAAAAAGAAGGUUAAGGAAGAUGAGGAUGAUGAAGAAGAUGAUGAAGAAUAUGUUGAUGAAGAAGAAUUUGCUCGAAGAGGAAGACAGCGUCAACUUGUGGACAUCCAGAUCAAUUUCAAUGACUCUCGGCGUGGACGAGGAAGAGGGCGCGGUGUACGAGGUGGUGGCAUUGGGCCAAGGAGUGGCAUGAUGGCAAGUAAAGAAAUUCCCCGAGAAGAACGAAGAGAGAUGGGGCCAGGACCUGGGGUUGGAAACCGCAGUUUUGGCCGUGGAAGCAUGAAAAUGAAUAAAUCUGGCCACCAAUCUGCUCCAAGAGUGGAUGACUGGAAUGAUUUUCCGUCUUUGGUUACUGCUUAACUCCAGCCAAAAAAAUGUAGAUUAUAUUCCUAAAUUUCAACUGAUGUACACAUGGCAAAUCCUUAUUUGAUUAAUGUUCUGUGGAAGGCUUCAGUCAAUAAGGACAGCUACAAAUCCUGGCAAUACUCUCUUGUAGACUAAUUUACAUACCUUAUCUUACACUCUUGAAAGACUUAAUGGUAUGCAUGCCAAGGUGUGCUACACAAAGAACUUUGAACUUGAUUUCUAACUUUAUUCAAAUGGUCAUGUUAGAAAUAUGAGCAAAGUAGCAUGUUCUGUCAAGUUCUUAAUGUAACAAAUUUUCUGGUUUGAAAAGAUAAUUAAAGAGUGUUAAGUUUUGUGUAA